AUGUCCGAACUGGUUAGUCACUCAGAACAACUUAGAAAUAUCGUAGGCUCGCUUGCGAAAUUGUCUAGAGAAAAAGGAAUAGCUUUUAUGAUUGCAACACAAAGUACCAAAACGAGCCCCAUAAGGAUACUGCAUUCCACGCAUUUCUCAGAUACCCAUGUCAGACAGGUUGAAAGAGUAUUAGAAGACAAAUCGUUCAGAAUUACAGCUAUGAUGCCAUUUAACCAGGACCACAAAGAGCUUUUACUUUCUAGAACCGACAGCAGUUACUUGAUUUCACAGUAUUUUGAUCUCUUCACUUGUCUCACUCAAAAAUAUUGUAAAGAGAUAGCAAAAGAAUGGGUAAAGGUCGUGGAACCUAGAAAACAAGCUCUUUACCCUUACAAGCUCCAAGAUGAUUCCAGACCACCCUGGUGGCCCACUGAUGUCGAUCACAUCGAGCCAGAUCAUCUUGACAAAGAUGGAAGGGUUAAACUACUCAUAAGUAUUUUAAGGGACCCUCUCUAUAAGUUGGAGCUAUUGAAGGAGAAGUCAUUGGCUCUUCAAUUGCCUAACAAACUUUCAACAUAUAUUCUUAACGAACUAUUUUACAUUGCUGCCUAUGAUCGGCUAUUCUACAAUCAUUUUCGCGAAGAGGAUCCAUUGUUCUACGAUAUCCCCCCAACCGGGAGAAAAGGAUUUUCAGAAGAUCAAAUAACUAUUAUGGUUAGCAAUUUAAAGAGAAUAAACAAGAACGGCUCAGUAGUCACUUUGAUGCUCAGUCAAAUUGAACCCGAAGAGAUUAAUUGCGAAGUGUUUGAAUUACAGAGGCAAACGCCCGAGCCCAAGUACCGAAAGAGAAAAUCAGACUUCCCAGAAGAGGUCUCCAAUAAAAGGAAAACUUUGUUGAAGGAAGAACCAAAAUCCGAUUAUGAGUUAACCUCUUCAGAAGAAGAGCCAUUUGGAGGAAAUAAUGCCUUAUUAUUCAGUUCUCAGCACGACAAUCCUUCUGCUACAACCCUGUUGCCUGCCUCCAAAGGAGGGGAAGAGCUAUCUAUGGCUGAUGAAAUCCUCUACCUAAUGGAUAGGUAUUCUUCUGGCUCCGAGAAGAACUCGUUUGGAUACUCCAAUGAAGAUAGUCCUGGCUGA